AUGUACUGCGGACGGUCCGCUCUUGGUGUUUUUAGGAGGAUCCUGACAGCUAGACUUAUCAUGAGCUACAAAGCUACUAAUGUCAAUGUUGUGGCCUCCUAUCUGAACAACAUUGAGCCGCUCAAUGGUGCAAACUUUCAUGAGUGGAAGGGCAAGGUCAUCACAUGCUUGGCUUGGAAUGAUCUUGAUGUUGCUCUGAGGGAGGAUAAGCCUGCUGCGCCUGCUGCUGGGGCUAGUACAACUCCAAAUGAGAAGUGGGACAGAUCUGAUCGUAUGGCUCUCAUGGUUAUGAUGCAGACCAUCAGUGCUGGCAUCAAGGGUGACAUCCCCACUAAGAAUGCUCAGGGCAUUGAUCUGAAUGCUAAGGAGUACCUGGCCAAGAUUGAGGAGAAUUUUAAGAGCUCAUCUAAGACUUAUGCUAGUACACUCAUCAUGAAGUUGAUGGGUUCUCAGUAUAAUGGUCAAUCUGGCAUAAGGGAGCACAUCCUCAAUAUGUGCGACAUGGCUAACAGGCUUAAGGAAAUGCAUAUGGGGAUCUCUGAGGGUUUACUUGUGCAUUUCAUCAUGACAUCACUGCCUCAACAGUAUGAUGCCUUUAAGAUUAAUUACAACACCAACAAGACUGUUUUUGUGACCAAGGGUGGCAAGAUGUUGUGCUCUUUCUGUGACUCGCCCAAGCAUCUUCAGAAAGCCUGUCCUGGUUUUAAGGAAUGGCUGAAAGAACAAGGUAUUCCGUACGAUCCGAACUAUAAGAAAGGGGGAGGGAAGCCUAAGAGUGGCUGGUGGGACUCCAGUUGA